AUGGAGAACCAUAAGGUGACAGUGGCCUACAAGACGCUAAAGUCCAAUCUCGUCAACCUCCCGUCGAAUUUAACAAACUUGUUGUUCACAGCCAAUAUCCAAGUGCAAGAUGUCAUAGUUGAACUAAUCCCAACACUGAGCUCAAACUCCAAGAAAACCACCUCUAGCAUCUAUGCUGGAUGGUCGGGAAUGUCGUCUUUGCUGAUAAAGACGGUGGAAAUUGACCCCGUGUUUGCGCAGUCUUUGCAUUUACCCGAUAAGUCCUCGGUCACGGUUAAUCUCAAGUUGGGCAACUACGAAACUUCCAACGUUAGCUUAGAGCCCUUGACGAGUUCCGACUGGGAAGUAGUCGAGUUGAACGCCCAGUUGAUUGAAGACAGACUUUUGCAUCAGACCCGGUGCGUUGCACUUGAUCAAGUGUUGGUUGUAUAUCCAAGUGCGACGAUCUCGGCAAAAUUGAUCGUGACUGAUAUUGGCACUACUGCGCACAAGUUUGCCAAAAUCUCCCCCUAUUGCGAGAUUGCAAUUGCUCCAAAGGUUAGAAAUAAGAAGGAAGUGCAGGAUACGAAAAGCGUUUCCAGUGUCAAGAGCACGAGCAAGAGAGAAGACUAUGCUUCAGUAACACCGAUUUUGAAAAGAGGCAUAAGUCUACCUCAUAAAUUGUUUCAUGAUGUCGAUGACACGGAAAAUAAAGUGUACAUUGACUUUGACUGCUUACCGGAGACAUUUGAGUCCUAUGCUGCCGUUUCAGUCAUCCCGGGACCCAAUGAAUCGAAAAACACUUUGGAAGACGAGAAGGACGUCAAAGAGAAUAGGAGGAUAGUUGCCAAGUUGGUCGACUUUAAAGGACAGCUGGACAACAUCGGGUUGUCCAAGAGGUUGGCCGUUGCUUUGAACGUCGAUGGGCAAACAGGGAACAUCAUCUCGUUAAAGCCGGCAGUUAAGAACUUGUCCAAACGCCCAGCGAGCUUCGUGAUACACCCAUACAUCAUCAAUUCCAACAAAAAGAAGGAAAUCAACCUGGUGAAAACGUCGAAAUUGACCCAGCUCCUUAAAGACGCCAUUUACCCGCUGCUAGCAAGCACGGCAGUCACCAAUUUUAUGCGCAUUGGAGCUAUUCCAGGCGUGCUUCCGUACGGAGGCAUUUUGAAGUUCAGGGGCAACGAGAGCUACAAUGCGUGGGUCAAACCGUACGACCUUCUGGUGAAGAAACCGAUAAAGAUAGAGGUGGGGGAUGAGUUGUUGCGGCCACAGUCAUUUGUUCAGGAGUUUAAACUGGAAGGACACGCAGGUAACAGCGGCAGCGGCAAUGGCAAAGAAGAAGAAGAAGAUGGAAGUGAAGCUAUUGGCAUUGAUGAGAAAAUCAACGAGUUGGUUGAUUCAUUUUUAAUCUCAAACAACACGGGGACACUAGUCUACGGCAACUCUGGUAGUGGCAAGAGCUUGUUUCUCAAGCAGAUCAGCAAGAAAUUGCACGACGAGCACGGGGUUUUCGUCAAACGCGUUUCGUGCGAUGCGCUCGUGAAUGAAUCCUUCCAAAACUUGUCCAAAAACCACAUCUUUAAAUGGCUACAGCAAUGUUCAUGGAACCAGCCGUCUUUGCUAGUUUUGGAUAACGUCGACAAGAUUCUCAGUGUCGAGAUGGAGAACAUGGAUGCGUCAAAGUCGAACCAGGCCACCGAGUACCUCAUAUCGCAAUUGACAAAGUUGCACAACCAAAACAACUCCAAUGUCUCCCUUCUUUGCUCUGCUGUUUCCAAGGAAAGCGUCAACAAAUUGCUCUUGGGUUCCCAUUUGAUUGAAAACUACCACCACAUUAGUGCUCCCGAUAAGCUGUUGCGUUUCAAAAUCUUGGAACGCAACUUGACUACCAACUUGCAAUGCAAGUUAGAUGUCGAUUUGAUGGACUUGGUGAGCGAAACCGAGGGAUACUUGCCCAACGAUUUGAAGAUCUUGUCCCAUCGUAUCUAUCAUCAGUGUCUAUCCGAGCUAAAAGCCGACGAGGAAGAAAAGGGAGAAGUAAAUGUCGUGCGAUCCGAGCAUGUUGCAAAAGCCUUGGACGGCUUCACCCCGUCUAGUUUGCGAGGGGUCAAAUUGCAAAAAUCAGGCACGAGCUGGUCUGACAUUGGCGGUCUCACGGAGGCAAAGAGGAUUUUAUUGGAAACAUUGGAAUGGCCCACCAAGUACGCUCCCAUUUUUGCCAACUGCCCCUUGCGGUUGCGAUCGGGUAUUUUGCUUUAUGGCUAUCCUGGAUGCGGCAAGACGCUAUUGGCCAGUGCCAUAGCGGGUCAGUGCGGCUUGAAUUUCAUCUCGAUCAAAGGUCCCGAGAUAUUGAACAAGUACAUUGGUGCCUCUGAACAAAGCGUACGAGAACUUUUCGAGCGGGCACAAGCGGCCAAGCCAUGCAUCUUGUUUUUCGACGAGUUUGACUCGAUAGCACCAAAGAGAGGCCACGACUCAACCGGUGUCACUGACCGUGUUGUCAAUCAGAUGUUGACCCAGAUGGACGGUGCCGAGGGACUAGAUGGAGUUUACGUCUUGGCUGCCACUUCGAGGCCCGACUUGAUCGAUAGUGCCUUGUUGAGACCGGGACGAUUGGAUAAGAGUGUUAUUUGCGAUAUGCCAAACUACGAAGACAGAUUAGACAUUUUGGGAACCAUCACUGCCAAGAUGGACUUGGAAGAUGACGUUGAUUUAGAGGAAAUCGCCAAAAAAACCAGUGGCUUUAGUGGCGCCGAUAUGCAAGGGUUGGGCUAUAGUGCCUACUUGAAAGCUGUGCAUGUGCGAUUGGACGCGUUGGAGAAGGAAGAGUGCAGCCAGCAAUCAACUACUGACGAGCAAGGAGUUGAGUUUUUCAAAAUUGGGAGCAGCAAGGGCAACGCAAGCACCAGGAACGCCGAAAGGAUUAAGCUUUUGCACCAAAUUCAGCAGUUUGCAAACAACGAGAGGGAGGGAUCCGGCGAUAAACCUGGCGCAAAGAAGAAGAUUGAGCAGCCAAAGGUGUGGAUCACCCAGCAAAAUUUUAGAGAGUCGCUAGAAGAAACCAAGCCGUCAAUUUCCCAAUCGGAGAAAAACAAGCUCACUCGAAUCUACUCGCAAUUUGUAGACGGAAGAGAUGGAAACAUGCCCAACGGAACAGCAAGUAAUGAGAUUGGAGGUAGAACGACAUUGAUGUAA